GGGCUUGAUGAUGGUAAAAUGAGCCCGAAGCAAGUCAAGACUUUAUGGGAUGGGAACAGACGAGUGUGUCCCAGUGUUUUCCAGCUCCUGACAGUGUAUUGUGACGGGCAGACACAGGAGGGAUCCGCAGAGCUCAUGCCGAGCAGCGGGCACACUGCAACCGGCGGGACAGUAGCCCUGCGGGGGUCUGGAAAAUGGGAGCGGUGAAGUGAAAAAACGGCCGAGAAGCGGACUGUCUGGAGGAAAGGCACCAAAAAAGGCUGCAGUGGAGUCCUCCGGGGUUUGCCACGUACAGCUGCAAGAAAUUUGAUCUGCGGAGGUGCCCAUGCAGUGAGAGUACACCGGCCCGCCUCCUGGUUGACGUCCCAGGGCAGCGGUGCAGCGUGAGCAUAAUGGCACUCCUCCUUUGCCUUGGCCUGUCGCUGCUGGCCUCCGUCCAGACCAGCAACGUCAAGAACUGCCACCACGGCUGCCACUGUGAGGUGGAAAGCUUCGGCCUGUUCGACAGCUUUAGCCUGACCAGGGUGGACUGUCGGGGGCUGGGACCCGGGACCACCAUGCCAAUUCCCAUCCCACUGGACACCUCCCACCUGGACCUGUCCUCCAACACCAUUGGCCCGCUCACUGACACCAUGUUGUCCGGUCCAGGCUACACCACCCUCGUUAGCUUGGACCUCAGCAGCAACCUUAUAACAACGAUAACAGCCAAUGUUCUGUCCAAGCUGCGUUACCUGGACACUCUGGAUCUGAGCCACAACAACCUGCAGAGCCUCUCUCUCGGCUGUUUCUCCGGCCUCCCAUUGGCUGAAGUUGACCUCAGCCACAACAGCUUCCAAGAGUUUGACAUGGACGUGUUUGCCACCAAAGUAAAUGGUGAGCCUGUCAGCGUGGAUCUGUCUCACAACAGGCUUGUGUCAGUCUCCACGGCUUUGCGUGGGAGAGAGCUGCACAUUCAAACCUUGAACCUGUCAGCAAACCGGCUGCUGAGCGUACCGGCGCUGGCAGGACUUCCGCUGAGGUACCUCAAUCUGGAUGGUAACCCCAUCACACAGAUCAAGGAGGGAGCUUUUGCUCAGCUGAAAAAGCUAGUUUAUUUAUCCAUCAGUGGCCUCCAGGACCUUCACGAGAUCAUGCCAAACAGCUUCACGGGCCUCCUAAGCCUGCAAGUACUGGAUCUCUCAAACAACCCCAAGCUCAAGACUUUAAGCCCCGCAGUUUUCAGCGGACUGGACUCCCUGCUGGAGCUGAAUUUAUCUGGCUCUGCUGUGGCGUCCUUGCCAAACAACAUGCUGACACACCUGCCCAGCAUUAAGAGUAUCACAUUAGGGCGGAGCAUCCAAUGCUGGAGGACACAGAAACAGGGACAGUUCCACCGGCAGCUGGGACAGGUCCAACACAACGAGGUGCUCAGCUGUAAUGUGGAGGGCGUCAUGUUGUAGGAACAGUGCCUGUGGAAAUGGACCAACCCUUAAAGGGGCCAGUAUAGUCCAUCAGAAGUGCUUGCCAAGUGGUCGAAUAGCUUCAGAAACCCCCCUCACACCAACAGCUUUCUGACGUUGGAUAUAACCAUUAACAUUUAAGAUUUCUAGCAUUCUGAGAGUCUAACCACGCCAGUACAAUCCUAAAGCGAGAGCCGUGCCUUAUCUGUUCUGAUAUGCAAAACACUUUUUUGUUACUUUCACUUAAUUAUCUCUGUUCCAAGGUGAGCUUUUGAAAUAUGUCUUAAAGGUUUCAAGUAGCCUACACAAACUCUUGACAGAAGUAUAAAAAAUGCUGUACCUUUCAGAAAAAACGACUUAAAACACACAAAUAACUGAUCUGUUUCUUUCAACCUUUACAUUUAGCCUGAACUGGUAGAUAAUUGUUCAUAAAUCCAGCUUUUUGAGUAAUGUUCAUACUGUUUGUUAUGUAAUUCAUUUAAAGUGGGACCAUAUUAAGAACUUUUUGCACUCAAACCAGUUGUGAUGUUUUCUUAAAAUGCACAUACAUGCAGUGUAAUACAAAACCUUCUGUGCAUUGCUCAUCAUAUCCACACUGAUUCUUGACCACUAAGAUCAUUUUAUUUGACUUUGAAUGUGAUGCUUUAUUGAAAUGUUUAAAGGGAUAGUUAGACAUUUUGGGAAAUGUGGGGAUUUGUUUAAUAGCCGAGCGCUAGAUGAGAAGAUUCUGAUAUUAGUUGGUCCAAUAUGAAGCAAUAUAGCCAACAGCAUGCUAGCUUAGCUUAGCACAAAGCCUGGAAACAGAGGGAAACAGCUAGCCUGGCUCUGUCCAAAGAACUUCUUAAGCUCACUAAAUAACUUGUUUGUUAAAUCAAUACGAAAAACGAAAUGUGAAAACAGCGGUUGUACGAAGGUACUAUUUAUUGGACUUGCAGUGACUUCCUGUAGUCUUCUGGAAUUCCCCAUUGAACUGCAACAUGUUUUCUUUAUGUUUCAGUUGUUGACAGAUCAAAGACAUUUAAUUUAACCUGUUUUUUUAAUAAAUGUUGUAAUUUUUAGACGUAACCACAUAAGCUGUUCUCCCCUGUUUCCAUUCUUAAUGCUAAACUUAGCUUCUGGCUGUGGCUUGAUACUUAACACACAUCCAUGAAAUUGUUGUGAAUCUUCAGAUCUAACUAAUCAAGACAGCUAAUGCGCAUAUUAUACAUUAUUUUAUUAUAUAUAUGUCCCAAAAAUGUCAAUCUGUACAAUCCAAGUACCAUAGUCCUUUAUUAAGCUCGGUCUGGGUGGGGAACUUACACCAUCUUCUGUAAGUGAUGAGGGCAAAGAUCUUUUCUUGUUAGGACCAUUUCAUUAUUUGAAUCUGACCUCCUGUCCUUUAUGUUUGGACAACUUACCUUCAUAAGGACUCUUAAGUUUGGUGGCCUUUAGAAAUGAGGCCUGUGCAGCCUUUAACUCACUGUUCUGUUUGUCUUACACGUUACACAACGGGCAGCGAACAGGCCGUGACCAUGUUGACCGGCAGUUUAUUUUGACCUGCUGGCAAAUCAUUCUCCAGUGGAACAAAACGCGUGUUUGCAAACUAAUUUGACCAAUGAAGCAAAUCAACGUUCUCUCAAUAAGUAAUGGUAAAACACCAAGCUGCACCUUGCUGUUACGUGUAACUUCACCUUAGCAUUCCUGUGGUUUUUCUGUGGACAUAAGAGGACGAACAGCCUCAAGACUGCAUAUUAGGGGUUUUGAAUGUCAGCAAUCUGUGAAAAGCUUGGGGCUUUAGUGUUUUGGUUUUAAAGGACAUCCACCCUUUCAGUUGGUUAAAUGAAAGUCAGAAGAGCCCAGUCUUGGUGUAGAAGUUUAUAUUUAUAUGUAUGUAACUAUGUUGUAUAUAACUUUAUAUAUAAAUGAAUCUUGUGUGUAAUAAAUUGACUCUUCUCACACUUUAAA